UCGAAGCAUAGCAUCACAGUUUACGCAACAAAUGACGUCGUUGUUACGUCACCGGGUUACGAGCAUGGGGCAUACCCUCUGCGAACAAAUGUAUUCUGGGAUAUACAGGCGCAUGAUAAACAACAACUUCAACUCGUCUUCGACGAUUUUGACGUGGAGUACCAGGGUCAAUGUCAGUGGGAUUAUGUGACAGUGCACGAGAAACCCUGCAACCACGUGACGGAGCCACGGGGGACAAAACCGUACUGUGGGGCGGUCAAACCAUUUACCUUCAUCAGCACGUCUUACGAGGUGUGUCUGGUGUUUCGUUCCGAUGAAGUGGUCCAGAAGAAAGGGUUUAAAGCAACAGUUCGACUUAUCAACAAUGUAUCGUCAUCCUCGCUGAAAUCAACAACAUCAAAUAUUCCAUCAAUAUCUACAUCAUCGUUAACUUCAAAAACGGAAGCCGCAACGUCAUCGCCAGUUUCAACAUUACAAUUAAACCCAUCGAUUUUACCAGAGUCAUCUUCGACUUUAAAAGAUUUAGCAUUAACUGUAUUACACACAGCAUCGACUUCGACCUCACCGGAUUCGUCAUCAACUACACCAACCACUACCACAAGCCCGCUAGCAACUGGUACGACUUUAUCAUUUUUGCCCCAUUCAACGCAAACCACAAAAUCGUCUUCAUCCUCAACAACCGCUGACACACUUGACGAACAUGCUGCUUCUGUAAAUUUGACCAUGUGCGAGUCGGCUCUAACGUCUUUUAACUUGAACGAUAUGGUAGGAAUGAUGUAUUUGAAGUCUCCGACUGAGGGUACCGGGAAAUACCCUUUGAACAAACAUUGUGAAGUGACGCUCACCAAUGCACAAAUGAAGGAAGUCAGCAUCGAAUUUCUCACGUUCGCAGUAGAAUACCAAUCACAGUGCAACUGGGAUUAUGUACAGAUGACAAUCAGAGGUGACUUUGUGAGAAAACUGUGCGGCCUUGACAAGCCGAAAUCAAUAAAAACCACGUCCGACCAAAUUGAUGUGAUCUUCCAUUCGGAUUACGUCGUUCCCGCUGAUGGAUUUGUUAUAAAAAUAUAUGCGCUGCCAAAGACAACACCUUCAGCAGUCAGUACAUUCACUAACAAAAACCUGCCCAGUAUGUCUUCAACGCCUCAGCUUGGUGAACCGGCCACAGCUGUAACCCAAUCUAUGUCGCCAUCGACUACAACAAAGUCACUUGAGUCGACAUCAGUUUUUACACCACAAACAUCUUCAGUUGCAAUGGCAUCAGAUGCACUAUCAUUAUUAUCACAAAAAACAACUUCAACAUCGACAUCCUUGUCGUCUACAUCCUCAUCAAAAGCACACUACUAUUCGACAUCUGAUACAUCUUCGUCGCAAACGUCAUCAGUCACUUCUGUUGAAACAGCAAAACCAACUUCGUUUAAUCCAACAUCGCCAUCGGUAACACAGCAAUACGACAGUUCAACAGACGAGACCUCUCUAGCAGACAAGACAUCAUCCAUAAAAAAUAUCAGUGAAGGCGCUACUGUUUCAACAAAAAGAAAUCCAGACGCCCCGCCAUUUACCACUCCUGGUAAUCCAGACGUCCCGCCAUUAACCACUCCUGGUAAUCAAGACGUCCCGCCAUUAGCAGAAAAGACGACGGGUACCUCGACUAAGACGCCAGGGAAGAUUGUUGAUAUUUGCCACUACUCGCAUCUACAAAUCCAAGACAGUCUGUUCCUUGUCAGUCCGGGAUACACGGAGAAACAGGCGUACCCGCUGAACACUGAAUGUAAUGUGGAAAUCGUGCCGCCACCACACAAGGAAGUAAAAUUGUCGAUCUCCGACUUUGAACUUGAACUAAACCAAGAGUGUACCUGGGACUACCUGACACUGGAACAAUCCAACAUUGCCGUACGAUUCUGUGGCUGGCUCGACAAAGGGCACUCAAUUGGCUCGUAUGACGCAUGCGCACCGAGCUAUAUCCGCACGGUCAAUGACAAGAACAAGCGUAUGGUUUGUCUUCUGAACACUAAAACAGAUCUAAAACUUAACGAAGCCUUGCCUAUCCGAUUGAAGUUCUUUUCUGAUGGUUUCAUUACUAGACGUGGUUUCAACAUAUCAGUUGAGCUUUCAGACGCUACAGUUCAAACCCCAAUAAAUGGAAGCCCCAGUUCAACACAGUCGCAUACAAUACAGCAGAACUACACAACCACAUCACAAAAUACUUCUUCAAACAUCGCAGUUUCAUCAAUUUCCGUGUCUGCAUACGCGAAGAGUUCUUACACAAGUUUAAAACCUAUUUCUACGGCAAAGAGCACGGCAACAUCGAUCCCCACUGUAAAGACAUAUGUUAAUAACCAAACCACCAUCUUUGUCACUGGUAUCGAAAGUAAGACACCUGGAACUGGAAGCCUGACUUCACCAGUAGAAAAUACAGCUACAAACACAUUAACAACCGACAAUGCACCAUCAGCAUCUACAUCAUCGACUUAUACAGAAAUGUCCAAGUCUGACUCCACCGCGGAGCCCUCUACGACUGCCUCAGUAUCAUCAAGAUCGACAUCAGUAAAACCUACAACUGUUCAGACAACAAUUUUAUCAACACUGUUGAAGGCAUCUUCGACCGUGUCAUUUUCAGUGUCUGCAUUACCGCAGUCAGUGCCCACACACUCAACUGCUUCUGUCACCUUGCCAUCUUCAAUGUCGUCUACCAACCCGAUAAGUGCAAGCGGCAAUUCUUGCUCAGAAUUCGAACACGCGCUGGUGUUAAAAGAAAGCGCGGGAAUUAUUACGUCACCCGAAUUUAAGAACAGUAAAACCUAUGCUCCAAACAGCAACUGCUCUUGGAUAAUAUCAGCUGGAGCCAAUAAGAUGAUAGCAAUCGUGUUUGAGCACUUCGACAUUGAGUUCGACUCCCACUGCAAGUACGACAGACUGACCGUUUACCGUUUGGGUUUGGACGGCGUCCCGGCAGAGCAGCUGGCGGUCUUGUGCGGCUCGAACCUGCCACCUAGCCUGCACGCGACCGGGGAGGUUCUCGUCAGUUUCCAGUCGGACGGCAUCGUGCAGAAGUCAGGCUUCCAGCUUCGGUACCUGAAGACUAGCGUCACAUCAGGGGGCGUGUGUCCCGGGGGCCGGACAGGAUGCGGGGACGGCGGGGAAUGUAUACCCAUGGAGUGGUGGUGCGACGGAACUACCGAUUGCGCAAACAUGGCGGACGAGAAUGAUUGUCCCACGUGCUCGACUGGUGAAUUUUCGUGCAGUGACGGCAAAUGUCUCCCCAAUUCUCACCGCUGUGACGGGAUCAGCCAGUGCGCGUUCAAUGAGGACGAGACCGGAUGUGUGACGCUGUCGGACGACACGCACGGGACACUGGCUGUAAACAUAGCAGGAGAAGACCACUCUGUGUGCUAUGACGUCACGGUUCAGACAGGAAGUGACCUGCUUUGCAAAAAACUAGGUUAUCGUCACUCGGAAUCCGUACUACCAAUAAAGCAGAGCGACAAACAACAGAAAUACGCACGACUGACACUGACGGGAACGGAAAUAGUGUUUGAGAAACGUGCAUCGUGCGCAAACGACAUGUCUACAUUGAUUGUGUGCAUGGACUCGGGAUGUGGUCAGAAAGCGGACAAACACCGGAAAAAGAGGGUCGUCGGCGGAAGUGUGUCCAGUACAGGGCAGUGGCCAUGGAUUAUAGGAUUGCGGGUCGGACCUGGAAUUGUCAACUGCGGUGGGACCAUUAUCAGCCGACACUGGGUGCUGACAGCCGGUCAUUGCGUUAAAGAUUUUCUGUUCAGCCCCCAGGAACUCUCGAUUGUGGCGGGGUCACAUGAUCUUUCUGACGUCACGGGUCAGGUCAGGCACGUGGCGGAAGUCAUCAUUCACCCGGACUACAACUUCAUUUACAGCGACGACAUCGCGUUGUUACGCCUGCAGCGGCCGCUUGAUUUCAGUGAUGACGUCAAUGCCGCGUGUUUGCCAUGGGACGGUCGACAAUUUUCGCCGUCGUCAAAUUGCUACGUUGUUGGAUACGGCGUGUGGAAUGUAGAAAAUUACUACACGACGCUGGCCCCAAGGUAUCUUCGCCACGUGCGCACGAAGAUCGUUCAUAGCGACAUGUGCACCGAGCUGUACUCGUACAAGACGUACAUCAAGGACACCAUGAUGUGCGCAGGAUACACAGGCGGGGGAAUGGAUGCCUGCAAGGGUGAUUCCGGAAGUGGAUUGCUGUGCGAGACGGAGGCGGGUCGCUGGAUGGUGGCCGGGGUGGUCAGCUGGGGGGACAUGUGCGGCAACACCAACCGCCCGGGGGUCUACACGAGGGUCACAUCCUUCCUUGAAUGGAUAGACGGACAUACAUCUGUCCAAGUCAACAAUAAUUCCGUGAACUGCUCGUUCGAGGCCGGCUGGUGUGGUUACACGGACUCCUCCCAAGGAUCCUACUUUUGGACAAGAGGACCCUGGGACAAAUACACCAAUGGAAUGGUUCUGCAGGCCGUCAAGCCCAGUUAUGUGAAAUCAAAAUCCACGAGCGCAGUUUUAGAAUCCCCAGAGUUUAUUCAAAGCACUAAUUCGUGUUUGAAGUUUUCUUUUAAACUUAGUGGAAAUUCUAACAUAACACUAUCAGUCUUCGGCGUGAUUGACGGUAAUGACGUUAAUGAAGGUGUCAUCCACAAACGGUUGCUAUGGCGAGUCAUUACCCAUUAUAGUUCGUCAAAGAUGUGGACGCCGACAGAAGUAGACGUAGGAAGUGACGUAAGACGAUUACAUUUUACGUCAUCAUACGACGAGGGUAACGUGUACAGUAUGGGGUUGGAUAACGUAACUAUCGUGCCUGGACCAUGCUUAGGUAAGCGGUGUACAAGAAUGUAA